UUAUAAAAAAGACUUAAGGAUGUCAAACUCUGUGUGCUUUACUUCUGUUUGUUCCUUCAACACUCCCUGUAAACCAGGGUUAAUUGUUGAUAAUAAAUCUUUCCCGAGGACGGAUUUUCGGGUAAAUGAAGUGUUUAAGAGUUCAAGGAAUGCCAGAAUUCAAUCUGUAGAAGCUAGGGCUGCAGAUAAAAAUCAAAGUGUUAAACCAAAGAGCAUCGUUUGCGAAGAUUGUGAGGGAAAUGGUGCCAAACAGUGUCAUCAAUGCAAAGGUACUGGAGUUAAUGCUGUUGAUCACUUCAACGGACGAUUUAAAGCCGGUGGCUUGUGCUGGCUUUGCAGGGGGAAAAGGGAGAUUUUAUGCGGGAACUGUAAUGGAGCUGGCUUUAUGGGUGGAUUUAUGAGCACAUCUGAUUGACUAAUGUAACAUGCUCAAAUUAUGGGUUACUUUUAAGGACAUGUAUGAUUAUCAUAACAUGUUUUGGA